AUGGAAGCACUGAAGGCUGCUUUGGGGGAAGGAAACUUCACCGAAGCAGCUGCUAAAGCGAAAGAGGCUCUGGAAAAGGCUGAUAAAAUCACUAUCAACAUCGCUGUCACGGGGGAGGCGGGCUCUGGAAAAUCGUCCUUUGUCAACGCCAUCAGGGGCCUGAAGGAUAGAGUUCAUGGUGCUGCUGCGAUAGGGGUCACUGAAAUGACAAUGGAGGCCAUUGCUUACCCACAUCCUACAUACCCAAAUGUAACAGUCUGGGAUCUGCCAGGGAUCGGGACCCAAAAAUUUAAACCAGACAAGUAUCUCGAGAAGGUGGAGUUCAGCCUCUAUGACUUUUUCAUCAUCAUCUCCUGCACCCGCUUCAAAUACCACGAUAUUGAACUCGCCCAGGAGAUCCAGAGACUGGGGAAGAAGUUUUACUUUGUGCGCCCCAAGGUUGAUCAGGAUUUGACAAAUGAAAAACGACACUAUGAGGAGGAGGGAAUCCUGAAUCAGAGCAAUGCUUCCGUGAAAAGUCCAUCUCAGUACAGUGAGAGUGCGAUACUCAAUACUAUCAGAGAGGACUGCAUCGAAGGCCUGGAAGCAGGAGGGAUGGCCUCCUCACGGGUUUUUCUUGUAUCUAGAGGGGACUUAGGCAAGUACGAUUACCCCAAAUUGCAGGAAACGCUUGUGGAUGAGCUCCCCGGUCACAAGAGACUGACUCUCCUACGAUCCCUGUCCAAUGUUUCUAAAGAAACUUUGGAGAAGAAAAAAGAACAACUGCAAACGCAGAUAUGGUGGAAAAGUCUGGUGUCAUGUGGCAUCGCUGCUGUCCCUAUCCCCGGUCUCUCCAUUGCUUGUGAUGUUGCCAUGCUGGUGACGUCCCUGAAAGAGUUCUGCAGGGACUUCGGCCUUGAUGAAAACUCUCUCUCUGCACUUGCUAGACGGACUAAGGUUCCCAUUGCAGAGCUGAAGGCCGUUAUAAAGUCCCCACUGAGUGAAAAAAUAACAAAAGAUCUUGUAAUUGAGAUACUGACGAAGUGCACAGCUGGGGCAGUGCAAUAUUCAACAAUUGCAUUAAAAUGUAUACCUGUGGUAGGAUCUGUGGUAGCUGCAGCAGUUUCUCUCCCUACCACAUACUUCAUGUUGCAGAAUUUCCUGGAUGCUGCUGCUGCUGACACUGUACGAGUUCUGGAGGUGGUUAUGGAGGCAGCCAUUUCAAACUUCGAGAAAAAGCGCAAAAACACCCGAACCCCCUGA